CCCACUUUUUUAAAUCACCACAGAAACACAAACGCACACACAGAGUCACAUCCUCCCAGCCUCAGGGACCUGCAGCCUCCACCGACGUCUUUGAAUCAUGGACGACACUUCGGACUUGGACAACCUGUUGGACAUAGAGUACCUCCUCGGCCUGUACAACCAGUCGGAGAACACCACGGACCCCGCCUACGUCGUCGAACACAGCGUCAAAUUCUGCUCCAAGUCCGACGUCAACAAGUUCGGCGCCCAGUUCGUCCCCGCCUUCUACUUCGCCACCUUCGUCUUGGGUUACCUCGGCAACGGCCUCGUGCUCGUCAUCCUCUUCAAGUACGAGGAGCUCCGGAACGUCACCAACAUUUUCCUCCUGAACCUCGUCCUGUCCAACCUGAUUUUCGCCUCCUCGCUGCCGUUCUGGGGCACGUACCACUUGUCCGAGUGGAUCUUCGGCGGGUUCAUGUGCAAAGUCGUCAGCAGCGCCUACCUGAUCGGCUACAACAGCUCCAUCCUCUUCCUCACCCUCAUGACCUUGGACCGUUACCUCGCCGUGGUCCACGCCAUCGCGGCCGCCAAGAAUCGCAAGAAGGCGUACGCCGUCGUGGCCUCCGUCGUCGUGUGGCUGGUCAGCGUCGCCGCCAGCAUGAAGGAGAUCGUCUUGCGCAACGUCACGGAAAACAAGCUGCACGGAAUUCUUUGCGAGGAGACCGGAUAUUCGCAGGAGGUCAUCGAGCGCGGGCGUCUCGUCAGUUUGUACCUGCAGUUCUCGGUGUUUUUCCUGAUCCCGCUGUGUUUGAUUUUGUUCUGUUACGUCAGCAUCACCGUCCGCAUCCUCGCCACGCGCAUGAAAGAAAAAUGCCACACGAUCAAGUUAAUCUUCGUCAUCAUUUUCACCUUCUUCGUCUUCUGGACGCCGUACAACAUCGUGUGUCUGCUGAGGGCGGUGCGGCUGUCGAGGGCGGACGACGGCUCGUGCGAGGACUGGGUCAGCCUGGACUACUCCCUGUACGUGACGCGGAACGUGGCGUACUUCUACUGCGGCAUCAGCCCCGUCUUCUACACGUUCGUGGGGAAAAAGUUCCAGAGUCACUUCAGGAGACUCGUGUGCAGACACGUGCCUUGUCUGAAGAGGCGUUUGAGUCUGAGCAGCCAAAGCUCCAGGACGACGUCGCAGAAAUACCCCGCGAGCACCAACCAGGCCAGCGUCUUCAGCCACGUGUGAGCCGCAGCCGGACUCAAAAGACUUGGACUCGAGACUUCGGACUUGACGUGAUAAAACGGACUAAGACUUGGGACUUAUCUUGGACUUGAAGGUCAGUGACUUGGGACUUGAGAAGACUUGACGCUUCUCCUAAAAAUAUAUAUCUGAUUGUAUAAAAUACUUGCGCCGCUGACUACGAGAGAAUGUUGUUGUUGUUUUUUUACAUCGGGCUUUUCCGCACGUGAGCAGUGGCUGGUCGACAAAAAGUCAGUGUGGUCGCUCGUUUGUUUUGUCAGUUUCGUUGAGUUUGUUUGUCAUGAGAAAAACGUGUCUUAUUUUGAAGUAGGUUUUUCAUUUAGUAGUUUUGACGUGACUUCAUCAUCUUCCUCUAAGGCGACGUUCAGACUGCACCUGAAGUGACCCAAAUCUGAUUUUUUGGCCCCUAUGUUCCUGUAUCUGAUCUUUUAAUGUCAGUCUGAACCACACAGAUCUGAUUUUUUUCAAAUAUGACCCAUGACACUUGGAUAUUUGCUCCUGAAACUGAUACAUAUCUGAUCUUUUGACAUGUGACUUCAGUCUGAACAGUCAGGUCACAUUCAUCCACCUACACGUUAUCAACAAGACACAAACGUCACUAUUCUGCGCUGAAGUAGGCGAAAAUUGUUAAUGAACUCUGUGUCACUGACAGUGUUGGGAAGUUUACUUUUAAAAUGUAUUCCCCUACAGAUUACAGAUUACAUACCCCAAAAUGUAGUUUGUAAUGUAAUCCAUUAAAUUACUUAAAGUGAGUAAUGUAAUCUGAAUACUUUGGAUUACUUGAUUUGCUGUAGAGAAGCAAAGACUUGGAUUUCUUCACAUAAAAUAUUUUUUUCUGCUAAAAGACAAUAAAAAGCCCAGACUUUAGUAUUGAUGGAAGAGGACGAGACACGUUCCGCAGGGCGUGGUUUAGUCCUGUUAAAUCCUGUUUUAGUCCUGGUUUAGACCUGGGUUCAGUCCUGGUUCAAUCCUGAUUUAGACCUGGUUUAGUUUCCGGCAAUGAGUGGAAUUACAAAAAAAAAAAAAGAAAGAAAAAAAAAAAGGGAAUAGCCCAAAAUGUGUAAAAAGGAAAAUGCCACCGUGUAAUCCAUUUAUUUCAACAAAGUAACUGUAAUCCAAUUACCACUCACUGAAACAGUAACUGUAACUGAAUACAGUUACUCAUAAUUUGUACUCUGAUUACUUAACACAUGUAAUCUGUUACUCCCCAACACUGUUAACAAAACACCACGACCAAAAACCUCGUCCUUCUCCUUCUCAAUCUCCUCCUUAAAACAAGUAAGUUGUUCAUGUUCUGGCUCCGGUACGAGAGGAACUUUAAAAUCUCCAGGUGCUCGAUGCUGCGUCCAUGUUUGGACAACUUCUGUAAACACAGAGACGCUCGCUGCGGUUGACGUCGUCGUGUCUCCAGUGUCACAUGUGGGACACUUUUGGACCGUUUACUGUUCACACUGGAGUCACACACGUCACAUUUAACUGGAAACGUGAACGACCUCGAAAAAACAUGGGAUUUCACAAAAAAAUCUGAAUUGAGCGUCAAGCCCUGCAGUCUGAACGUAGACUUAGUCACUGAAUCCUGAGGAUCAAAAAUGUUAUUUUGAAAAGUUAAAACUCACCGAUGACUGUGGAUGUUGUACGAACAUAACUGUGGACGAUGUUGAUGUUGUACGAACAUAACUGUGGACGAUGUUGAUGUUGUACGAACAUAACUGUGGACGAUGUUGAUGUUGUACGAACAUAACUGUGGACGAUGUUGAUGUUGUACGAACAUAACUGUGGACGAUGUUGAUGUUGUACGAACAUAACUGUGGACGAUGUUGAUGUUGUACGAACAUAACUGUGGACGAUG